CUCUCUCUCUCUCUCUCUCUCUCUCGUCUCCUCCUCCUCCUCCUCUUCCGACUGAGAGGCGAUGGCGGAAACAACAGAGGGAUCCGACGUUCCCUCCACGAAGCUGCCCCCACACCUCGAGCUUCGCAAGACUCGCGUUCUCUGUAACCUCGAUGCUCCUCACAACACAGAUACUAUCCAAUACUCUGGAGCUUACGCGUCUCUCGGCGUCGAUAAUAGCUUGAGGUUGGAUGACUUCUGCAACAACUUCAGGGUCGAUGUCCGCAGAAUUAGCCAUGACGAUAUGGAGUUUGAUAUGGUCGGCAUCAAUCCUUCCAUUGCCAAUGCAUUCCGGAGGAUCCUCUUGGCCGAGCUUCCCACCAUGGCCAUUGAAAAGGUUCUUAUUGCAAAUAAUACAUCAGUGGUGCAAGAUGAAGUUCUUGCUCAUCGCUUGGGUCUCAUUCCCAUCAAGGUUGACCCAAGGCUUUUCGAUUAUUUAUCAGAGAAUGAUACACCAAAUGAGAAGAACACUAUAGUUUUCAAGCUCCAUGUCCGCUGUGAAGAACGUGGGCAGCGUCUCACAGUGACAUCAAAUGAUUUAAAGUGGCUUCCAAAGGGGAGUGAGUUUUUGAAGACAUCUGAAAGUUUGACUUCGACUUCAAAACCAGAAACCUACACUUUGUUUACUUGCAGUCAGGACUCCAAGCCAGAAUUUGCAGGCAAUCCAAUUAGCGUGUAUCCUGAUAUCAUCAUUGCUAAACUUGGUUUUGGCCAGGAAAUUGAACUGGAAGCACAUGCCGUUAAGGGUGUUGGGAAAACACAUGCAAAGUGGUCUCCUGUUGCCACUUGUUGGUACAGAAUGCUUCCAGAGGUUGUAUUGAUGGAAGAAAUUAAGGGCAAGAAGGCUGAAGUACUUAAGCAAAAAUGCCCUGCUAAUGUGUUUGAGAUUGAAGAUCUUGCUGAUGGUAGAAAAAGAGCAACUGUUGCCAGACCACGAGCUUGCACACUUUGUCGAGAAUGCAUCAGAGAUGGUGAAGAGUGGGAGAAGAGUGUAUCCUUACGCCGAGUUAAGGAUCAUUUUAUAUUUACCAUCGAAUCGACCGGAGCAUUACCUCCAGAAGUUUUGUUUACCGAGGCAGUGAAGAUCUUGGAGGACAAAUGUGAACGUGUCAUAAGUGAUCUCUCUUGAUGCUCCAUCAUUUGGACGAUUGUCAGGGCUGAUGCCUUUUAUGUAGAAUGUUCGACGCAAUGGCAACCAUGAAAUUCCGCACCCCCUCCCCUCCCGUCCCCUCCCCGUGCGUUUGUGUUUGCUGGGUACAAAGGCAUUAAUUUAGAUGUCACAUUUUUGCUCAAAAGUGAUAUCAUAUUGAGUUGGUUGUUUUUUUACUAA